AUGAAGAGGUCUUUGUGGCUUUCAGUUAGUGCAACGCUUUGUUUGACUUUCUUGCAGCAAGUUGCAUCUGAAGAUGUGCACUCCAGAGCUAAACGUUUUUUGAUAUUUCCACGACAAGCGCCCACAAGACAUCAGUUCAUUGCCGGUAUUGGUAUUCCUGCCGAUCUUGAGUACGAAUCGCUCACUGUGGGCUAUGUCCUGAAAGCGGAGUAUUAUCUGCCCUAUAACGCAACCGUCUACAGGCAAAACCCCCUGUUUCCUGAAUACAAACCAAACAACAUAGACGCCCAACGAAAAUUAUUUAUGAAGCCCACAGAUUUACGCUGGCAACUUUAUCAAUUUAUCGAACACAUGCUUAAUGGAUAUGGUUUAAAUGGCCAUGACUGUCUUUUGGAGGCGAUAUGCGAGGCUAAUAAUAUCAAAUUUGCCAAGGACUUUAGUACCGCCGCAGAAAUGUUACACUUGCUUUUAAGUCCUUCUUCUACUUUAAACUCCGAGUCUAGUCGAGCUCUGGAUUUUAUUCUCGCGGAAAAAGAUGGAACACGUAGGGAUUGUUCAAAGUAUGACUGCAAUACAAAGAUAAUUAACUGGUUUUCGUUCGUCAACAAAAUGAACUUUUGA